ACGCAAGCCGGCUUCCGGGGGCGGCCCCGGGGAGGUCGGCGGCGAGCCGCAGUCCUAGAGGGGCAGUGAUAGCGUAAGCGCCCGCAGGCGACGCAAGUUCCGCGCCGAGCUCACCUCUCCUUGCCUCACGCUUCCUCCUCUCGCCUAGCCGUGUCCUGUCGGCGGCUCCUCCUGACGAAAGCUUUCGGAGUGCAGGCGCUGAGGAGAAGCUGUCGCCACCUCGCCUCGCGGCCAAGUGAGAGUGCCUGUCGCACCGCGUCGCCCCCCUGCGCCGCCUCUUUGCCCCCAGUCGCGGGCGCCCUUCUCGCUCGAAGCACACCCCCCAGCUCCAUGAAUGGAAAUCGGCUCCGCAGGACCCGUUGGGGCCCAGCCCCUACUCAUGGUGCCCAGAAGACCUGGUUAUGGCACCAUGGGCAAACCCAUUAAAUUGCUGGCUAACUGUUUUCAAGUUGAAAUCCCAAAGAUUGAUGUCUACCUCUAUGAGGUAGAUAUUAAACCAGACAAGUGUCCUAGGAGAGUAAACCGGGAGGUGGUUGACUCAAUGGUUCAGCAUUUUAAAGUAACUAUAUUUGGGGACCGUAGACCAGUUUAUGAUGGAAAAAGAAGCCUUUACACAGCCAAUCCACUUCCUGUGGCAACUACUGGGGUAGAUUUAGAUGUAACUUUACCUGGGGAAGGUGGAAAAGAUCGACCUUUCAAGGUGUCAAUCAAGUUUGUCUCUCGGGUGAGUUGGCACCUACUACAUGAAGUACUGACAGGACGGACCUUGCCUGAGCCACUGGAAUUAGACAAGCCAAUCAGCACUAAUCCUGUCCAUGCUGUUGAUGUGGUGCUACGACAUCUGCCCUCCAUGAAAUAUACACCUGUGGGGCGAUCCUUUUUCUCAGCUCCAGAAGGUUAUGACCACCCUCUGGGAGGGGGCAGGGAAGUAUGGUUUGGAUUCCAUCAAUCCGUUCGGCCUGCCAUGUGGAAGAUGAUGCUUAAUAUUGAUGUUUCUGCCACUGCCUUCUACAAAGCACAACCUGUAAUUCAGUUCAUGUGUGAAGUUCUUGACAUUCAUAAUAUUGAUGAGCAACCAAGACCUCUGACUGAUUCUCAUCGGGUAAAAUUCACCAAAGAGAUAAAAGGUCUGAAGGUUGAAGUGACUCAUUGUGGAACAAUGAGACGGAAAUACCGGGUUUGUAAUGUAACAAGAAGGCCUGCCAAUCAUCAAACCUUCCCUUUACAGUUAGAAAAUGGCCAAACUGUGGAGAGAACAGUAGCACAGUAUUUCAGAGAAAAGUAUACUCUUCAGCUGAAGUACCCACACCUUCCCUGUCUGCAAGUGGGGCAGGAGCAGAAACACACAUAUCUGCCACUAGAAGUUUGUAAUAUUGUGGCAGGGCAGCGAUGCAUCAAGAAGCUAACAGACAAUCAGACUUCCACUAUGAUCAAAGCAACAGCAAGAUCUGCACCAGAUAGACAAGACGAAAUUAGCAGAUUGGUAAGAAGUGCAAAUUAUGAAACAGAUCCAUUUGUUCAGGAGUUUCAAUUUAAAGUUCGAGAUGAAAUGGCCCAUGUGACCGGACGCGUACUUCCAGCUCCUAUGCUCCAGUACGGAGGACGGAAUCGGACAGUAGCAACACCAAGCCAUGGAGUAUGGGACAUGCGAGGGAAACAGUUCCACACAGGGGUUGAAAUCAAAAUGUGGGCUAUAGCUUGUUUUGCCACACAGAGGCAGUGCAGGGAAGAAAUAUUGAAGGGUUUCACAGACCAGCUGCGGAAGAUUUCCAAGGAUGCGGGGAUGCCCAUCCAGGGCCAGCCUUGCUUCUGCAAAUACGCGCAGGGGGCAGACAGCGUGGAGCCCAUGUUCCGGCAUCUCAAGAACACCUACUCAGGGCUGCAGCUCAUUAUCGUCAUCCUGCCAGGGAAGACGCCAGUGUAUGCGGAGGUGAAACGUGUAGGAGAUACACUUUUGGGUAUGGCUACACAGUGUGUUCAAGUAAAGAAUGUAAUAAAAACAUCCCCUCAAACUCUGUCAAACCUGUGCCUAAAGAUAAAUGUUAAACUCGGAGGGAUCAAUAAUAUUCUUGUACCUCAUCAAAGACCUUCUGUGUUCCAGCAACCAGUGAUAUUUUUGGGAGCAGAUGUCACUCAUCCACCAGCUGGUGAUGGGAAGAAGCCUUCUAUUGCUGCUGUUGUAGGGAGUAUGGAUGCCCACCCAAGCAGAUACUGUGCUACAGUAAGAGUUCAGAGACCCCGACAGGAGAUCAUCCAGGACUUGGCCUCCAUGGUCCGAGAACUUCUCAUUCAAUUUUAUAAGUCAACGCGGUUCAAACCUACUCGAAUCAUCUUCUAUCGGGAUGGUGUUUCAGAGGGACAGUUUAGGCAGGUAUUAUAUUAUGAACUACUAGCAAUUCGAGAAGCCUGCAUCAGUUUGGAAAAAGACUAUCAACCUGGAAUAACCUACAUUGUAGUUCAGAAGAGACAUCACACUCGGUUAUUUUGUGCUGAUAGGACAGAAAGGGUUGGAAGAAGUGGCAAUAUCCCAGCUGGAACAACGGUUGACACAGACAUUACACACCCAUAUGAGUUUGAUUUUUACCUCUGUAGCCACGCAGGAAUACAGGGUACCAGCCGUCCUUCACACUAUCAUGUUUUAUGGGAUGAUAACUGCUUUACUGCAGAUGAACUUCAGCUGCUAACUUACCAGCUCUGCCACACUUACGUGCGCUGUACACGUUCUGUUUCUAUACCUGCACCAGCGUAUUAUGCUCACCUGGUGGCAUUCAGAGCCAGAUAUCAUCUCGUAGACAAGGAACAUGACAGUGCUGAAGGAAGUCACGUUUCAGGACAGAGCAAUGGACGCGAUCCACAAGCUCUUGCCAAGGCUGUACAGAUUCACCAAGAUACCUUACGCACAAUGUACUUUGCUUAAAAAAUCCGAGAGUAUUCUCUGAAAGGAAGAACUGAAAGAUGAAUUGACAUACAACGUAUGUUUCCAUGGAAUCUGUUGAGUGGGGAUGCCUCCAGCCAUACAGAAACCAACACUGUGGGGACCAGGGUCUGAUUUUUAUGUUGAUACAAGGAAGAUUGUUUACUUCAUCAAGGAACACAGCACCAUUAUGCAAUAUGAAACCAGCCAACUGCUUUUCUGUGCGGUCUCCUGUAGGAAGUAUCGCCAUUGUUUUGUUUUCACUUUCUAUAGUCUAACCCUUUUAAUGCCUUUACCUCAAGUUGCUUGGCAGCACAACUAUCUUUGCAAAAAAAGUAAAGAAAAGGUAAAUGAUAAUUUAAAAAAAACACACCUGUAUGAAUAAUCAGUGAUUGUUCAUAAUUAUGUGUGUGAAAAAAUUAAUGUGCAUUCAUGUAUUCUUGUAAAAAGUAUCUGUGUAUACUUUAAGUGUAUACAUGUAUACUUCAUAUACAUAUAUAUCUGGAUCUACCUUGAUAAUAGAUAUAUAUGUUCUUUGUAUAUAUUUUAUAAUUCAUUCCAUUGGGAAAUUUCUUUCCCUUUUAUUGUCUGCUCACCACCACUUUUAUUUCUCACUCUACCUCCCCUGCCUCAUCACCUACGUUUUUUUUCCUUAAUGCUACCAGUGACAUUCAAAUGUCUGUGUAUCUGAUUCAUUUGAAUAUGAAGCAUCACAAAGUAGACUUUUAUUUUGCACACCCACUCCUCUCUCGUCUCAUACACAAUAUUAAGUCCUCAACUCUUGAUAUUACUUUCUUGAGAAGCAGUUAUUUUAUGUGUGUGUGUGUGUGUGUGUGUGUGUAUGUUUUUGUGAGAGUCUGCGUCUGCCACCUCCUGCUCUGAAUUUACAUUUGCCACUUGUGCAAGGUGUGCAUAAGCAGUAGCAACCUAUUCUUUUUUUUUUAGUGAGUUUGUUAAAGCUGCUAUAAAUAUAAAAUCUUGUCAGAACUAUAACUCUCUCUCUGUAAGUGAUAUGUAUUCUAAAGCCUUCUGUUUCUGUGGGUUAUACAUGGAAAUCCCUUAAAGGAUUUUUUUAAAGGGUAAAUAUUUUAAAUGAUUAGAACUCUGUAGGGUUGAGACCUCUGAAAUUGGAGUGAGAGAAAGAAGGAGUUGUUCGAGUUAAAUUUUUUUUUUGCUAGUUUACUUGCUGCCUCUCAUACCUUAAUGUGAUUUUCAUAUAUAUAUUUUUAUAUAUAUGCGUGUGUAUAUAUAAAUAUAUAUGUAUGUAUUUUGAAGUAUAGCUUCCUUUUCUUUUAUAUUUAUUAGAGUAGUGCUUUAAUGAUUAUAGAACUGUAUUGGCAACAUGUUUUAUAGAAAUAUAAUCAUGUUUAUUUUAAGAACUGACCACCUGUUUUUGCUAUUUUUUCGUGCAAUAAGCCGUUAGAAAGGAAAGCUGUGUCUGUCUGACACUCUGCCCCAGACAGUGUUGGAGCAGGCACCUCCGCAGUUUUGAAAGAGCAGAGUGAUACAGCCUUAAUUUCAGAAGGAAAGUUUUUCUUUAUUUUCAAAUCUAAAGCAAGUCUGACCUUGAAUAUUAAAAAUAAAGUUGAACUUUGACCUAAAUGAUCAUGAAUAGAUUAAAAUUUAGAAGAUAUUUAAAUUCUUUGAAAAUGAAUCAUGUUUAUGGAAGAAUCAUACUGGUUAGGGGCCCAUUUUCAUUUAUUAAGAUGAGUCAGGAAAAUGUAAUAUUUUAAAAAAUAUUUUUGCCAAUUUACUACCAGUGUAACUUUCCUUUUAAAAUUAGGGUUAUGGUGACAAAGGAAGUUAGGACUUCAGUUAUUUUAAAUGAGUUAAUAACUGAAAUGUGGGGGAAAGUAUUGCAAAAUUUGUUUGAUGGAUUUCACUUUAAGAUAUUAAAAAGUACUAUAAAGCUGUCAAAACCAAGUUCACCAGUAACAUUGGAUUCAGGGGAACUUUGCACUUUGUAACUCACGAAAAUUGCAUUUUACUCUUCUUUUGCACUGGUUCAGAGUAUAACUAUUACAGAUUGUUUCCAGGGGGCAUUGUCGUUAACCUUUCCAAAUGUCAUCUGUUCAUGAAAAUGAAUGGGUUAGUUUAGCUCUGUAGUUUCUCUCUCACCUGUAACCCACUCUUAACUGCCAGUUACUGUAUUUUGAGCCUAAAAUCUGAGCCCAUGUCCUCCAACAGUUAUGAAAUCUUUUGUCCCUCUCUCAGAAAACUAAGAAAGUACUGUAUUUUGUAUGUUUAUUAUAUUGGAGUGUCUGAAAUGCAAUUUACAACACUGUUUCAAAGCUCUUUACAUGAGGUAAUAUUUGUAUAGUACAGUAUAUACAUUUUUUCUCUCAACCCUACCCCCUUCUCCUCCAAAAAAUCCUAUAAAGCAUGUAUUUUUUUUUUACAUUGAAAAUUCACUGAAUAUAGUAGUCAGCAACAUGAGCAAGGGAAGAAAAUUGUGUGUUCUAGGUGGUAAAAACUUUGUUUGCUGUGUGCUUGCUCAGUGUGAGUAAAACAUCUCCCUUUAUCAGAGAGAGUUACGCAGAUUCAUGUGGGAAACUUUAGGGCCCAGUGAAGAACUGUAGAUACCCCUUUGCUAUUUACUGCUUUACCUAAUUUUUUUUUUUUUUUUUUCAGUUAUUUCGUGUCACAUGCACUAGAGUGCAGCCCAUAAUUUAAAUGUAUUUGGGAGGACUUUUACAAAGGAAAACAAAUAUUUUUUAAAUACAAAGCUUUACCUUUGAAGUGAGUUCUUUUUUACGGUUUCUUACAGUUUCAAACAUUAUUAGUUUAGUUUAAAGUUGGUUAACUUGAAAGAGUAUGUAGAGUAUAUUUCUAUUUUGCUUACUAACAAAUUAGUGUGUCACACUUACAUAGAAGAAACAUUGUACUUAGAAUUUUAAGAUAAAAGAGUAAGAGGCAAGUACUUUUUGAAUUUUGUUUUAAUUAUUAUUGCACUUCUGGUGUAGAAUUCCUGACCAUUUUUAUUUUUUAAAAAGAUCGUUCUGAAUGUAAUGGCCAUGAAACUCAAUAGCGACUUUUCUGUUCUGCCCUCACUCACUAACUAUAUAAUCAAUGCUAAGUUUUGGUCUGCUGUUGUCUGUGAUGUACAGUAUCAGAGUGACUUUAAAAUGUCAGUUCUAGCAACUGGUAUAAUUGAUGUUCAUG